AUGGCUUCCAGUAUAAGACCCGUUGGCUUCGAGUCCGUCAACAAGACAUCCAUGGAUUCAAUGCAUGAAAUCUCAAUACAAGACACUCACAGCCACUCCAGUCAACGGCCGGCGACUCUACCACUGGAGUCGCCCUUUGGAUCCGUUGCCAUGGAUUGCGGCGAUACGACCAGCGCUGCCACUAAUGGCACCACUUCUGGCAAACUGCAGACACCGAUGGAUCAGCUGAAGGAGUGGUCGCUGACGACAUACAAGUGUACGAAGCAAUUGGUGAACGAGAAGUUAGGCAAAUGUCAGCGAACUGUAGACAUGGACUUAGAGGCAGACAUCGAGAGACUCAGAGAAACUCAACACAAAUACUCUUUGAUUCUGAAGAUGACUCGAGACAUGGGUUCGCAAUACCAGACGAUUAUCACUCAACAGAUCUCACUCUACGAGUGUCUCAAUGAGUUGGCGAUGAAAGAGAGCAAAUCAAACAAUGGUCUCAACGAUACCAACCCUACCGUUGAGGGCAUUAAUAAUGGCAAUAAUUUAUUGAAUUUGGGAACAGAUUUCCGGCAAAACGCGGAAAUGAUGCGAAAUGUGGCCAAAAAUGGCGAAAAACUAUUACUGGCCCUCAAGUUCUUCACAUCCAAUCUCUCGACUUUAGUCAAUAAGACUAUCGAAGACACCAUUAUUACGAUCAAAGCCUACGAAAUGGCGAGACUUGAGUUCGACGCCGAGAAGAACAGCUCAGCUCUGGCCGCAGGACUCGGCGGUCAGACGGGCGGAGUCGGGAGUGGAGUGGCGGCCGAGAAGUUGAAGCAAUCAAAGACCAAAUACGAGAGACUUCGAGACGAUGUGACCAUUAAAAUGAAGUUUUUGGACGAAAAUAAAGCCAAAGUAAUGCACAAACAGUUAAUCCUAUUCCACAACGCCUUCGCGGCCUUUGCCUCCGGAAACGCGACGGCUCUCGACUCCACUCUCAAACAGUUCAGUAUUAAAGCCACUCAACAGUCGUUUCUCGAAAAAUAA